AUGCUGUCGCUGAGUGGCGGCGGCGCCUUUGAUUUUAACUAUUCGCUUAGAACGAAUUGUUUGGCAAAGAGCUUAGAAGUGACUGAGAUACCUAAAACUGAAUUAUAUGAAACUGGAGUACCUUCAAUAAGUGAUCAUUCAGUGAAGUUUUCCGUUACAAAAUCACCAUUAAAUAGCCCUACUCAUAUAUCUAAAGAAUUUAGUCCUGAAGUAACAUUUGAAUUGCAGUUAAGCCCUGAAAUAAAAUUCAAUGUCAGUGAAGUUGAUCUUGAAAAUGAAUCAUUGAAUGAAGUAGAUUUUAGUGAAAAUAGUAAAGCUGAUGAACAAAAUGAAAAUGAGCGUGUUUUUGAAACUAUAUCUGUGAAAGAUGAUAUAAAUACACCCAAAACUAUAUCACAAUGCCAAUACUCUUUCAGCAAUGUGGACCCACAAAAUUUGGAUUUAAACAACAGUGGUUGUGACGGAAAUUUGAUGCAGUCGCUGCUCAAUUCAAUUGAUACAGGAACAACUUCAACGGAAUACAAAGCUUUAUGUGAAGAGUUUACUGCAAGACAAAAUUUUGAUUACCAAAGUGCCUUAAAUGAAAAAGAUGAGUUUAUACAAACAUUAACAAAAUCUUUACAAGAGUCUAUGGAAGUUCAGAAAGAAUUAAACAAAGAUGUUUCUAAUUUGCAUAAUGAAUUGGAUCAGUUGAGGACAAAAUUGGCAGAAGUAGAAAAGAGCUAA